AUGAGUAACUGGCCCCUCUUCAUCACAGCCCCAGAGGCCCCAAUCAAAACCAUAAACAAAGCCCUCCUCCACCUAGCAGACUACGAAUUCAACUGUCCCCCACAGUGGACCCUCAUCCUCACCAACCCCCCACCCACCCAGACAACACCCUCCAUCCCACCUCUCCCCAUGUCAGAAGAACCCACCCUAACAGCCACCACCAACGCCUUCGCAUCCAAAUCCCCCCGCGAGAUCUACGCUUACCUCGACGAUCCGACCACCCAGGACCUAUUCAGGGAUGCGGGGCUGUCGGCCUCGAAUUGGCUAGUCAUUGACCAGAAGGGUCUGGAGAUGGAGACUUGUUUGUUGGCCGAGUAUGUGGCUCCGGAGGAUCGGGAGGAUGAAGAUUGGGAGGGGAAUGGUGAGGGAUAUCGGAUGUGCCGGAUUCCGUGGGCGAGGGCGUGGGAUGAGGAACGUGGGCCUGUGGAGGGGGAUUUUGGGGCGUGGGCCUGGGUCGGGCCAUUUGAGGGGGACGAUGAGGAGGAUGAGGAGGUCAGGAGGAAGAGGGAGGAUGCUGUUAGGAAGGGGGUGGAGGCGGGGUGGGUUUGA